AUGAGUCGCAAGUCAGGCGAUGACAGGCUAUCAAAGGCCCUGCGUGCGUUGUCCGAUCGGUUUCCCAUCUGGCUAUACCCUGCACAAGGUCCCAUCAGCUCAGCGCUACCGCCAGCGCCCUCUGCACCGACGCUGUGGCUACUCGGUCCAGGCCGGGGCGGCGCGGAGGAGUCCUUCGACGUAGAAUGUCUCAAAUGGCAAGCCCGGCUUCGGUUCAGUCUGUCUGAGCGAUCGAGCGUCGUAUGGCGAUACUGGCAAGACCCAGAAGCGGGUCUAGGCGGUCAAUUACCCUGCUUGCAUUUGCCGGAUGGUCAAUUGCUACCGCCGGCACUGAUCCCCGAUUGGAUCCAUGAGCAACGCGGCGAUGUGCCGAAGCAGAAAAAGAAAGCGCCGAAGCAGACGGAGUCGGCGGUACUCGCUGAGCUCGAGCGCAAGAGAGCAGAGCAAGAGAAAGCUCAGGAGAAGCAGGACACCAAGCCCGACGAUGGUCUGACAGACGAGCAACGCAGCAAGCUCAACGACCUCCUGCCCCAAAUAGACACAUCGCUUCGGCUGUACAUCAUGACGCAACUCUAUUUGACGCCCAUCUUCACGACCUACACAACUCCGCUCUACCACCCUCGUGCGCACCCUUCCUCGCCCACGCUAACGAGAAUGCUCCACCGAAUGCUUGCUUCGUCCCACAAAUCGGAAGCCAUUGCAGAGAUUCAACGCUUACAAGCGCGCGUCCUUCAUGGCGAAGCGGGCAAAGACGAGAAAGAGGUCGAAACGGAUGCCGCUGCCAAUGGAGCAAAGUGGUACUUACCUUUCAAACUGGACACCAUCAUCAGGCAGAUCGGGCAAAGUACGGGUGUGGGUCCGGCAGAUACGCGUAUUGACCUAGAAGCCAUCGAGCAGCAAGCCCUGACGCUGUUAGCGACACUUGACGAGCAGGUCUCCACUCUUGGCGCAUCAAAGUGGCUGCUCUCAACCCAAGAUGCGACUGAAGUAGAUGCCACGCUGUUUGCUAUGUUGCAUACGCUCCAGACCGUCUCAAAGUCGAGCCAAGCGAGCAAGCGAGAAAACAUCGUAGCACGGUUCAGUAGCCUGCAAAAGUGGCAUGGCGACAGAGCUGCAGAGUACUUUGGCGAUCGCGUUGAUGUGCCGAAGCUAGACCGGCAAUCUUGA